AUGUCUUCUUAUUCAAUUUCUUCUGGUCUUAAAGACACACUGAUAGAAACAACAUUCUUUGCUUUAGACGAUUCACAGAGCAAUUAUGAUGUUAUUAUUCAAUUUCAUUCUGCCGAGGACAUACCAAAGAUGGAUGUUUUUGGACAUGCUGAUCCGUAUUUUAUAGCAAAAAUUGAUGAUCAAAUAUCAUUUACAUCAACUAUUCUAUCAAAUACGGCAACACCUAAAUGGGACGAUGAAAAAUGGAUUGUUCGAAAUAUUCCUUUAAAUGCUAUACUUACAGUUAAAAUCUAUGAUAAAGAUGAUGCAAAACUUUUUGACGAUUACAUUGGUAAAUUUGAGGUUCUUAAUUUAAUCAAUUAUCAUGCUUCAAUAACAGGUCAUAAAGUAAUUGGUCCAUUCAAUCGUUACCAUGGUUUUUUUCAUUUAUCUAUUCAAUCAAUGGAAUCAUCAGAAGAAACAAAACAUCUUCCUCGUUAUACGUUUGACGGUCCUUGUCGAUAUUCUCGUCAUGAUUCGUUUGCUGUUGGUUGUUUAACUAUGCUUAAUCCUGAUUGCAUUUAUUCAACAUGGAAAAUACAAAUACGAAGAAUUUCCGUUUUUUUUAAACCUCAAGAACGUCAAUAUUGGAAUAGAAAAUAUAAAGUAGCACAAAUGAUAUUUGGCAAUUGUCUUCUUUCAUUAGCGUCACAAAGUACACUCAAAUUAGCGCAUAAAGUACUUUAUGGUCGAACAUUAAAACAUAAUGAAAAUGGACAAUUAAAUAAUGCUGAUGAUCUUUGGAAAUUUGUUUUCUCAGAUCGAACAACAAAGCGUAUUAAACCAUGUAUUUAUACAUAUGUUAUUGAUGACAAUACAUGGCGUUUUAGUGAAACUGAUGCUCAAGUUUUUGCAGAUGUCGCAAGUAAACAUGCACUAUUAGCUAAUGCAUCAGAAUAUGUUCGUUAUGCUGGCCAAUUUCAUCCACGUCCAAAAUAUGGAUGGAAUAAUUGUGAUGAUGAAUGGGAAUUAGUAUUCGAUAAUGAAUCUGGUACUUAUGCUCCAAAUGCUUAUCUAUUGAUUAAUUUGAAAAACUUGCUAUUAUUCAAUUUUCCUGGAUUAAAUAUUGUUACAUAUGAAUAUAAAGAUCCGAAGUUGAAAGAAAGUGUGACAGAGUUAAAACAUGCGAUAGAAAAAUAUAAAAAUAGUACAACGGCAAUUCAACAUCUUGUUUUGACUUGCCCGUGUGUACCUUAG